CAGUGGCCAGACCAGGACCAUGGAGCCCAGUGCCCUGCUUCUCCUUGCUCUCCUCCUGGGCUUUGUACUGCUCCUGGUCAGGGGUCACCCAAAAGCCCGUGGCCACCUCCCACCAGGACCACGUCCGCUGCCCCUCCUGGGAAACGUCCUGCAGAUGGACAGAGGAGGCCUCCUCAGCUCCUUCAUGCGGCUUCGAGAAAAAUAUGGAGAUGUGUUCACAGUGCACCUGGGACCAAGGCCGGUGGUCAUGCUGUAUGGGACAGAGGCCAUAAGGGAGGCGCUGGUGGACCAAGCUGAGGCUUUCUCUGGCCGGGCGACAAUUGCUGUGAUUAGACCAGUCUUCAAGGACUAUGGUGUGAUCUUUGCCAAUGGGGAACGCUGGAAGACCCUUCGGCGAUUCUCUCUGGCAACCAUGAGAGACUUUGGGAUGGGGAAGCGGAGUGUGGAGGAGCGGAUUCAGGAGGAGGCUCAAUGUCUGGUUGAGGAGCUUAGGAAAUCCCAGGGAGCCCCCCUGGACCCCACCUUCCUCUUCCAGUGCAUCACAGCCAACAUCAUCUGCUCCAUUGUCUUUGGAGAGCGCUUUGACUACAAAGACCGCCAGUUCCUGCACCUGCUGGACAUGUUUUAUAGGUCCUUCUCUCUCAUCAGCUCAUUCUCCAGCCAGGUGUUUGAGCUCUUCUCUGGUUUCUUGAAAUACUUUCCUGGUAUCCACAGACAAAUCUCCAAAAACCUGCAGGAAGUCCUCAACUACAUUGGUGAGAGUGUGGAGAAGCACAGGGCAACCUUGGACCCCAGCAGUCCAAGGGACUUCAUCGAUACCUACCUUCUACGCAUGGAGAAGGAGAAGUCCAACCAACUUACGGAGUUUCAUCACCAGAACCUCAUGAUGUCUGUGCUGUCUCUCUUCUUUGCUGGCACUGAGACCAGCAGCACCACACUCCGAUAUGGCUUCCUGCUCAUGCUCAAAUACCCCCAUGUUGCAGAGAGAGUCCAAAAGGAGAUUGAUCAAGUGAUUGGCUCACACCGACUUCCAACCCUGGAGGACCGUACCAAAAUGCCUUACACUGAUGCUGUCAUCCACGAGAUUCAGAGAUUUUCAGAUCUUGUCCCAAUUGGUAUGCCACACAAAGUCACCAAAGACACUUUGCUCCGAGGGUACCUGCUCCCCAAGAACACUGAAGUGUACCCCAUCCUGAGCUCAGCUCUCCAUGACCGACGGUACUUUGCACAACCAGACACCUUCAAUCCUGACCACUUCCUGGAUGCCAAUGGGGCUCUGAAGAAAAAUGAAGCUUUCAUGCCCUUCUCUAUAGGAAAGCGCAUUUGUCUUGGUGAAGGUAUUGCCUGCAACGAAUUGUUCCUUUUCUUCACCACCAUCCUCCAGAACUUUUCUGUGUCCAGUCCCGUGGCUCCUGAGGACAUUGACAUCAGUCCCAAGGAGACUGGCUUCGGCAAAGUGCCCCCAACAUACCAGAUCUGCUUCUUGGCCCGCUGACUAGGCCGAGGUGGCCAGGCGACCCCACUCUUGUUGAGAAUGGCCCCAUCUUUCUGCCUCUAAGAAACCUGCUGGAAACCAGGCCCUCGGUCACUGCUCACUUUCUUCCUCCUUCCUGCACCUUCUGCAAAGCUGGAAGUGUGUUCUUCUGCCCUGUGAAUGGCACUGGAGAAAUCAAUCAAGUGCCUUUCUUGA